CUGGAUUCUGGAACCCGUCCUUAGCACCAGGGCCUCGGGGCUGGGACUCAGGGAGCCAGAGGCAUCCCACCAAGGCCGUUCACAGGCUCACGAGUCAGUCUCUUCUGUGACUACGAGCUCCCUGCCCUCCUUCCCAGCAGCACCUGCAGCCUCCGCUUCCUCCAUCUGGCAGCCUCUCUGCUCCUCUCCACAGGGAAAACAACUUCAUCAAGGACUUUCCUCAGCUGGCCGACGGGCUGUCAGUGAUCCCGCUGCCGGUGGAGGAGCAGUGCCGGGGGGUCCUCUCCGAGCCCCUCCCAGACCUCCAGCUGCUCACCGGAGACGUCAGGUAUGAUGAGGCCAUGGGUUACCCCAUGGUGCAGCAGUGGCGGGUCCGCAGCAACCUGUACCGCGUGAAGCUCAGCACCAUCACCCUCUCGGCAGGCUUCACCGACGUCCUCAAGAUCCUGACCAAGGAGAGCAGUCGGGAGGAGCUGCUGUCCUUCAUCCAGCACUACGGCUCACACUACGUCGCAGAAGCCCUCUAUGGCUCCGAGCUCACCUGCGUCAUCCACUUCCCCAGCAAGAAGGUCCAGCAGCAGCUGUGGCUCCAGUAUCAGAAAGGUAAGCCUGGAGGGCUUGCUGGAGGUGGUGGCCAGAUGCAGUGCGGGGGUAAGGCUGCGGGGGAGAUAACUGAGCUCCCUGGGAGCUAAAUCCUGGCUCUGCCCCAUAGAAACUGGGUGGCCUUAGGCAAGUCCCUGCCCCUCUCUGGGCUUCUCGUUCACUGUGGAUGGAAUGAAGGGCUGUGUGAUGCUUUCUCAGGAGUCUUUCAGUUCAGGCAUUUCCUGAGAACCCGGGGUGGUGUUCCGGACUCCAGAACCCUGGCCUUCUACUGCACGCUCCUUGUUUCCCACUCUCUCCCCUUGAAACAACUGCCAGGGUCGGCGGGUGGAGGAGGCUGUGGGGUGGGAGUGUGUCUCCUUGACACCUUCUUCUCUUC